CGAAGGAAAGCUACUUGGAAAGAAGCUGUUUAAGCAAUAGCACGUAUGGAACGCAAACAAUCAUUAAUUUCGCGUGCCUUGUUUUCAUAGCAUAUUGAAUCAAUCCUUUUGUCAUCUUUGGAAUUAGUGCUUAGAAAAUGAUUUUUGUCGUUAGACCUCUGCGUUUGAAUAUGAAACAUAUUUUUGAGGACAAUAUGUUUUCUUAUCCGACUAUAUACAAUCAAUAUACCUUAAAUAUUUCUGAACAAUCACAGUAUUAUUUUAGCUGAAGGUCGGGCAUAUUAUCCUAGCGAUUUUUAUCUUAUUAGGAGGAUCUUUGGAAUGUUUAGUGACAUCUGAUUGGAAAUUCUUUGUCACGAAAGUGUGUUGGUUGUGGAGACGUGAGGUUGCAGGUUUAGGAAAAUUUAUUUUACAGUUGAAAAAUGCCAGCCGGAGCUCCGUUAUUUGGUAACAUACAGUCACGCUCACAGAGCAAAAAUCUUGUGGAAUGUAAAGCAGGAAAAAUGACAUUGAAAGGAAAAAUGGUACAUCCCGACAAGAGGAAAGGACUUCUAUACGUUUAUCAGUCGGAUGAUUCGUUGAUGCAUUUUUGCUGGAAGGAUCGACAGAGUGGUACUGUAGAGGAUGAUUUAAUUAUUUUCCCUGAUGACUGUGAAUUUAAACGCGUAACUCAAUGCACAACGGGUCGUGUUUAUGUACUAAAAUUCAAAUCUUCCAACCGAAAAUUCUUCUUUUGGAUUCAGGAACCAAAGACUGAUAAAGAUGAAGAAAACUGCCGUCGUAUUAAUGAAGUUCUGAACAAUCCACCAACUCCUGGUUCUCAGAGAAGUGGGGGAGGCACACCAGAUGGAGACUUGCAAAGUUUGCUGAACAACAUGUCUCAACAGCAGCUAAUGCAGCUCUUCGGUGGAGUUGGACAAAUAGGUGGUCUGUCAAGUUUGUUGGGCACUAUGGGUAGACGUGGACCGUCAUCUGGUAGCCAGGGUAGCUCUCGCUCAGGCACAACUACAUCCACUACUAGUUCAGCUAGUGCCACAACUGGGAGUACAACCACUACAAGCAGUUCUGCUCCUGCUGUUACUACAACUACAGCAGCCCAACCUGCAGUCUCAACAGCAGGAAAGGAAACAUCGGAGAAACCUGCUACAGCAGUGGAUCUGGCAUCGACAAUCACAUCUGAAAACCUGCAGACAUUGUUGAGAAAUACAGAAUUGGUGACAGAAUUACUGCAGCAUGUGCCAUCAGUUGAAGAGUCUUCAUCUACUGUGCCUCCAUCUGAACAACUUCGUUCAACACUUGCAUCUCCUCAGUUCCAGCAGGCUCUUAGUAUGUUCAGUGCAGCAUUACAGUCAGGACAACUUGGGCCUGUUGUGCAGCAAUUUGAAGUAGGCCCGGAAGCAGUAGAUGCUGCUAAUCAGGGUAAUAUGGAAGAGUUCGUGAAAGCAUUACAGAAGGCGUCUAUAAGCAAAGAUGAGUCAUCAGCUCAAGGCACGAGCCGUGCACCCAAGGAAGAGGAAAAGAAACAGCCAGGAGGUGACGAGAAACGAAAGAAAACUGAUGGUGGUUCUGGUGGUAGUGAUAAAAAGGACGAUGACGAUGAGGAGUGGAUGACUACUGAUUAGCAGCAGAAUUUUAGAGGUUUAUUUAAGAAGUUCAUAUGUCUAAUUUUGAUAAUGUUGGAAUAAUGUGAUAAGUAUCUGUUGGUUCUGAUUGGAGCAGUAUCGCCAGAAACUUGUUAAAAGAGCCCAUGGAAAUGGUUUGUCGUGGAAAUACAGUGUUAAGACAUUCUCUGAGGUAGUGAGGUGUGUAGAAUGGAAAGACCUAGCACAGGCAAAUUCACAGGCUUGAUUUUAAUCAUGAGAGGUUAUGCAGUUAAAGACUAGCUUAUGUAGUUAAAGAUCAACACUGAAGGAACUGUUGAAAUUUUCAUGAGUGUGACCUAAGCAUCUCAUUAUCAGCACAAGUCAGUCAGUCUGUAAUGAAAAUGAAGAGAAAUUGGAAAACUUGAGUGGAGCAUGUCGAAGCUCUCAUUUCCUUUUUCAAGUUGUGAGUUUGUCUGUGCACCGAUAAAUUGCCUUUCACAAAUACAUUAGUGUUUCUUCACUUAUAAUAGAUUUGUUAAAUCUAUACUGAGACUAUAAAAUAGAUAAUCAAAAUUCAAAUUAUAAAUUAGAUAAUUAGGUAAAUGCAUUUCGUCAUCAAAAGGAGAAAUCGUUGAGCAGAAUAAGUGGACGAACACAUACAAUAGUUCACAUUUUAUUAUAAAAAAUGCCUUUUGCUGCAAAUGAGGACAACAUACUUUUCAUCUCAGCUGUUGAGCUCUUAAUACUUAGUGAGGUAGCGGUAUAACAUAUUGGUAUGUUUUACAUUUUCAGUGACAACAUGUAGUGAAAUUAUGAAGUGAACCACUUUAAAACUAUAGCAACAAAUCAUUUUGAUGAACAAGAAAAUCAUUUUUGGUGGUUUCAAGAAGUGUUAAAUCUACCAUUAGUAAAGACUAACCACAUUAUUUAUGAUCACAGUGUGCUCAGCCUUAAAAAAUGUACCUUGUUAUGCGAGUGUUCCUAUUUAUAGUUCACACUGUUAAGCUCAUUUAUGGUCUCAGCUGCAUCAAGAAAAGGCUUAUUUUUUUACCUUCUGGAAAUACAUAUAAUUUUUUUGUUAAUGAAGCACUUUGAAAUAUGCCCUUGUUGCAAAUGAACAUUUUGUGAAGCUAAUAACUUUUCGUGUGUAUUUGUGCCAGUGUUUGCACAUUCAUGGAAUUUCCUGCUACUACUAAAUGCUGACAGUGUUUUUUUUUUUUUUUUUCAAUAAUCAGUUUUAGUAGGUUUAGUGUGAUUUAUAUUAAAUACAAACAGUUGAUUGUAUAAUACAUUGUGUUGCAAUA